AGACUGUGCUGACAAAACACUGGAAUUUAAUUCUUUAUUCAGUGAAAAUGAAAAGGUGUACAAUUUCAAUUAAUUCAUAAAUGGCGCACUAACUUUGAUCCAGAAUACAUAAACACACACCUUUGGAUUCCAAGUAUCCCUGCCACCUUUGAACACAGAUGGAUAGGGUUAUUACUUCCUGCCUUCCAGGCUUCAAUGUGCAUCCUGGAUUGUGAUUCAGUUCGUCUCUAUCCUGCAUAGCAACAUUAAUUGAACAGAUUUAGUUCAUUGGCGCUCUGAAAAACAGGCUCUUUACAUUUCUUGUGUGGAGAAACCAAACGUCCAGCAAUGAGGGUGCUCUAUUGCUGCACUGCUUUGCUGCUGCUCAUUUUUAUUCCCAGAGCCUGUGAAGGAGGCAACAUCUUAGUGUUUCCUUCAGAAGGCAGCCACUGGAUGAGGGUGUUCUGCUGCUGUACUGCUUUCCACCUGCUCAUCCUUAUUCCCACAGCCUGUGAAGGAGGCAACAUCUUAGUUUUUCCCUCUGAAGGCAGCCACUGGGUAAACAUGGACAUUCUACUAAAAGCUUUAGACUCUAGAGGACACAACAUCACUGUUUUACGUCCAAGUAACAGCUGGUAUUUAAAAGAUGACUCAUCUUAUAAUACCAUUACAGUUCCAGUGGAGAACAUCUUGAUUCAGAAAUUCAUCACAAGAAUUGUGUCCGAGGGCAUACUUUUCGAACGAGGGGCCAUCCCCUUGACGGAUAUUCUUCAAAGGAGUGUAGGGAUGUUCAACACAAUUCUUGAAGUUUACAAAGCUCUAGCUGAUUUUGUAUCUGCAAUACUAGAUGACAGUGACUUGAUAAGACAACUGAAAGACAGCAAGUUUGACCUGUUAAUUGCUGAUCCCUGUUCAGGUGUUGGAGUCAUUCUGGCCAAAUAUUUGAACCUUCCUUUGGUUUAUAAUGUUCGCUGGGUAAUAUUUACAGAGGCUCAUCUUUCCAUAGCUCCGUCACCAUUAUCUUACAUUCCUGUGACUGGAACUGGGAAUACUGACAAGAUGACCUUUUCUCAGAGAGUUACAAACAUGGUUUUACACAUCAUAACACAAAAAAUAAACAACCUGGCGGCUAAACUAGUAUACCAGAAAAUAACUGACAAAUAUCUUGGGCCUGGUUAUGAUUUUAAUGAGUUAAUAAUCGAUGCAGACAUUUGGCUGAUGAGAGUGGACUUUGUGUUUGAGUACCCACGUCCCACAAUGCCUAAUGUUGUUUAUAUCGGAGGGUUCCAGUGCAAACCUGCUAAACCUCUGCCUCAGCACUUGGAGGACUUUGUGCAGAGUUCUGGAGAGCAUGGCUUCAUCCUCAUGUCUUUGGGGACUUUUGUGACUGAACUUCCUGCUGACAUGGCAAAUGAGAUCGCUGCAGCUUUUGCUAAACUACCACAGAAAGUGAUCUGGAAGUAUAAAGGUGACAGACCAGCCACUCUGGGUAAUAACACUUUACUGGUGGACUGGAUGCCACAGAAUGACCUUUUAGGACAUCCAAAAAUAAAACUGUUUGUGGCACAUGGAGGAACAAAUGGAGUCCAAGAAGCCCUGUAUCAUGGAGUCCCAGUUGUAGGCAUAGCCUUUUAUUUUGAUCAGUAUGACAACCUGCUACGUCUGAAAGACAGAGGAGGAGCUAAGAUACUUACAUUAACUACAGUGGACAAAGACACCAACUUCCUGAGGGCCAUAGAGGAAGUCCUGAGUGAUCCCUCAUACAGGGCGAACAUGCAGAGACUUUCCAGGCUACACAGAGAUAAGCCAGUAAUGCCACUGGAUAACGCCCUCUUCUGGAUAGAGUUUGUCAUGAGGCACAAAGGAGCAGCUCACCUGAAAGCAGAGUCCUACAGAAUGCCCUGGUAUUCCUACCACUCUGUAGAUGUAGUUUUGUUCCUGGCUGGAGCUAUGCUGCUUGUGCUUUUAACUACUUUCUACCUUAUUAGGUGUAUAUACACUGGAAUGUGUAAAUAUAAAGUGAAACGUGAGUGACAACGUGAGGUAUUCUAGUGGGAUCGUGGGCUGAGCUUGACUUCCUGGUUUGCCUGAACUAAUGCUAUGUUCAGUUUUUUGUAAUUGAUCAUUAACCAUAAUAAUGAUAUAAAAUGCAGCUGCAUCUUUCUUUUUUGCUUCUUCUGCAACUUAUUCUAAACUCAGCUCAACAGUAUCGCAAUAACAAGUUGUAUUUGUCAGUUUCGGAGAGGCUAAUUUUCUCUCAUCACUCAAUGAGUGAAGACAAGAAGGAUUAAUCCAUACUGUAAGGCACCAUUUUGUCUUAAGCUGAAUAAAGCCAGAACAAAAAUGAUAUUAGUGCAAUUUAAAUUGCAUUUCAUAUGCAUUUAUGAGUUAAACCAAAAAUUCCCCCAAACGAAGUUCCACAUAUCAUUGGGAUCACUGUAAAUAAACUGCUCACCUCUGGGAAUUUAAAAUAUCUCCUGAGUUUGAUUACCUACUGCUUUCUUUGAUGCUUGAGCAAAACUACUUUAAACCCUCUUAAAGGAUAACAUGGAGAGAUUUACAAGGCUACAAGAUAAGACUACAUGAAAGUCACUGGAUAGCUCCCUCUUCUGGAUAUAGUUUUACCUGAAAGCAGAGUCCUAACAUACCCUGGUAUUCUUACCACUCUGUAGAUGUCGUUUUGUUUCUAGUGGGAACCAUGCUGCUUUUGCUUUUAACUGUUGUUUAUCUUGUAAGGUGAUGAAACACUGCAUUAUGCACAUAUAAAA